UCACCAUCUCUCUCUACAUUACUCUCUCAGUAUCUUUCUACCUCUACAGUACACUCUCUCUCUAACAGUGGUUGAGAAUCUCACUAUCUUCCUAUCUCUACAGUACACACUCUCUAACAGUGGUUGAGAAUCUCACUAUCUUCCUAUCUCUACAGUACACACUCUCUCUCUCUCUAACAGUGGUUGAGAAUUACAGCAGACAGGAGAUCAUUCAUAUCGGUUCUUUCUCUUUCAUAGUGGCCGAUAAUACACUACAGAGCCCCACAGUCUCUCUUUCUCUCUCUUGAUAUACGGAUAUAUAGGCCGAUUCUUUCUCUCCGUGCGAAUUAUCUCUCAAGUGACUGCACAAUCGAUGGACUGGAGCAUGGAAGUUAACGGUGGAUCAUCUAAGGAGAUGCCUGGCUUCCUUACGAGAGUAUGGCAAGGCAUUAUAAGCAUUUUUGCAAUGGUGAAAUCGUGUUUUAGAGGGUUUUUUGAGAGGGUUUGGAAACUUGGGAAAGAUGAUCCAAGAAGGGUGGUGCACUCACUAAAAGUGGGCUUAGCUCUUACCCUUGUCUCACUCUUCUACUUCAUGCGCCCUCUCUAUGAUGGGGUCGGGGGAAUGGCGAUAUGGGCCGUCAUGACUGUUGUCGUAGUUUUCGAAUAUAGCGUAGGUGCAACUUUAAGCAAGGGCUUGAAUCGAGGGUUCGCAACGCUUCUAGCAGGAUCUCUAGCCGUUGGUGUACAUGAAUUGGCCAGCCUCUCAGGCGACAAAUCUGAGCCCAUUAUCCUCGGAAUAUCAGUCUUUUUACAAGCAACGGUUUUUACAUUUCUACGAUUUUUCCCGACGAUCAAAACAAGGUAUGAUUAUGGAGCGAUGAUAUUCAUACUCACAUUCAGCCUGGUAUCAGUGUCGGGGUAUCGAGUGGACAAAUUAUUGGAGAUGGCACAUCAACGGUUGUCCACCAUCCUCAUAGGUAGUGCACUAUGUGUGCUCGUGAGCAUGCUUGUUUGCCCUGUUUGGGCUGGAGAAGAUCUUCACAACCUUAUAGCCAAGAACUUGGACAAGCUUGCUGCUUCUGUUGAAGGGGUUGUUGCAGAGAACUUCAAGGAAGGAGAGGGCGAAGAGGAGGGUGAGAUUAAUGAGGAGAAUCCUUCGGUAUUGGGAUACAAAUGCGUGCUUAAUUCCAAACCCACAGAGGAAGCACUGGCUAAUUUCGCUAGAUGGGAGCCAGCCCAUGGUCCCUUCGGUUUUAGGCAUCCAUGGAAACAAUACCUCAAGAUUGGGAUGGCCGCUCGUUAUUGUGCCUACUCUCUUGAAGCGCUCAACGCAUGCACCAACUCUGAUUCCCAGGCAGCCCAGGAAUUAACGCAACAUCUGAAAGCCGUAUGCACCAAAGUGGGCCACGUUUCCUCCGAUCUCCUCCUCGACCUCUCAUCAACGGUCAAGAAAAUGACAACAUCUUCGCACACCGAUUUACUCGUCGCGCAAUUAAACAUCGCCGUUCAAGAGCUCCAACUCGCACUGAAGAUCCUCUCUAAUCCGUUGCCGGUCCACGUGUCGAUCCCGGAUAUCGUGCUAAUCGCCACCGUCGCAUCAUUGACGGUGGAGAUCUCCGCACGUGUGGAGGACGUAGCAGAGGCAGUUGAGGAAUUGUCCAGAAUCGCCCAUUUUAAGACGGAAACCGCAGAGGAAAACAAGCAAAAGGCAGCCACUAUAAAGGCGCUUGCUGACUCGGAUGGGCCCCAUGUGGCCAUCCACGUGGACUCGUUAUAGCACAGUGUUUAUAAAUGUUGUUUAUCGUUUUAAAAAAAAACAAAAAAACAAUUGUUGUUACUAAUUGGUGUAACUUUUUGUGUUUUUUUAGAAUGGCUUAUUUGUUGGUGUAUCUGGGGCCGUACCAAUUUGGAGUUCGAGCAUAAUGAUAAUUUUUUUU